UCGACAGGAAGGUUUUCUUUUCCAGUGAGCUCCUAUGGUUUUUACCGUUUUUACUUAAAAACUCCGUUUCGUACAUGUUACCACGAGCAAGUGCUUUCGAAAUUGAGUUUAAACAUUCAGGUACCUUAUUCUUGAUAUAGAAAAAUGAAUAAGAGGUGUUCCAUUUGCUUCAGCUCGGAUGCUGUUAAAUGCAUAGAACAGGGAAUCAAUAUUUCAACCUUGGCGGAUUGUUUCAAAAUCCAGUUCGAUUACAACAGCGAAGACAUCUUCCUAUGUGACCAAUGUUCUGCCCAACUACAAGCAUUCCAUUGGUUCAUGAAGCAGGGCAAAUGCAACGAUGAAUUUCUGCGAAUUUCGAGACAUGACGUUGGUCCGAACGCGACACGCUUCUGCCGCCUGUGUUUAGCUACUAAUGAUAGCCUGGAACUGAUAUUUUCGCCAUCAGGGCCGGGAGCAGUAGCAAUCACCACUAUUUCCGAAUGUCUGGGUAUAACCGUCGACGUAAAAAACGAACCGGAAACCUAUCUUUGCUCACUGUGCCGGACGCAGUUGGAAAACUUGAACAAAUUUCAACAAAAAUGCUUGCAUCUUCAAGAAGUAGCUGUGGUUCCAGUCGGUUUAGAAAUAGCUCAAGAAUCGAUACUUCCCGAUGACAUACAUGAGUCAGAUAAACUUCCGACUACAGAUAUUAUCAUUUCGGACGAUGAUGACGAUGUAUCGCACGGAACGAAACAAAGUACAGUUGAGGCAACAAGUGGAAACGAUAUUAUUGUUUUGGACGAUGACGAUGAAGACGAUUCCCUGAUCGGCAAAUACCGAAAACUAGAAUCAAAUGUAACAGGCUUGGUAGGGACAAGCGAGGAAAUUCAAGCCAACCUCAAAAUCCAAAUGAAAGAUAACACAAAUAGCAAACAUUUGGUUCAAUCAAGCAGUCUCAUUACGGAUAACAACACUUAUCGAAAGAACAUAGAUACAACUGAAGCUGCAAAGAGUUUUGAUAAAGCAGUAAGGAGAGCACUAAGUGCCACUUGUAAUGCAAUCGAUACCGAGGAAACAAACGAAGAUGAAAGCUUGUUGGAGGAAAUGUGUAUCGAAUGGGUCACCGAACGGAAUGUCAAAAGAAAACGGGGACGUCCAUCGAAAAAUAAAAAUUCCAUUGAAAUUUCCAAUCGCCGUUCUAUCGAUACUAGCGAAGUAAGCGAAGAUGGAAAGUUAUUUGAGGCAAUGUCCAGUAAAACGGUCACUGAUGACACUUCUGGCAACAGAAAGCGCGGACGUCCACCUAAAAAUAGGGACCUUAUUGAGAUCAACAAUAGCAGUAAUGUUGACUCAGAGGAAAUAAGCAAAGACGGAAACUUGUUGGAGACAAUGUCCACCGAUAAAACAUCUGCUAAAAGAAAGCGUGGACGUCCACCGACAGACAAAAGUAUUACUAAGAAUGCCAAUUGCAAUUCUCCAAAUACCGAUGAAAUAAGCGAAGAUAAAAGCAACACAUGGGUCAACAAAAAAACUUCGGUUAAUGACCGGAUAAAACUUAUCGAAAUCCGCGAUGAUCUGAUCGUUAAAAAGAAGCGAGGACGUCCGCCGAAAAAUAAGGAUCUCAUAAAGAUUGAAUCUCCAUCGGUCAUCAAAAUUGAAGACACUGUAGCAGACAGUAAUAUUCAAAAUGUCGUUGAGAUAAUCAAUACCGAGGCAAUAAACGAAGAUGAAAACUCAUUGAACGAAUUAGCCGGCGAAUGCGAUAUUACUAAAGCCUCGAAUACCGAACAAAAGAGUGAAGAGCAGACCGUUAAAAAGAAAAGAGGACGCCCAUCGAAAAAUCAAAAUCUAGUUCAGAUUAAACAUCCGGCGAUUAUCAAAAUUGAACAAACUUCAACAGGUAGUAAAAGCUUUUGCCACGGUAGCGACUCUGUGACUGAUGUGCACAAAACUAGCACUAUAACUUCGAGUGAAAACGAAAAAAACUCUGAAUCGAAAAAAGCAAACAAUUUUGAACCUGCGCCGUCAUUUGACGAAGCAGUGCUAAAAACUUUGGGUACGAAUUGGAAUUAUCUCAAUAUCGAGGAAAUAAGUGAAGAUGACUUGGAAGAAAUCGGCAAUGAGCCACUUUCGACGGUUGCCGAAACUGAGCGCUUUUCAGCACAAAGUUAUAUUCUUAAAAGUGAAUUCAUGACCGAUGUGUGGAAAAAAUCCGAACAAAAAAGGAUCUUCUUGAUGUUCUGUCGUGGCACAGAACAAACGCCCAACUUUCGGAUAUUGAGGAAAACCGAGGAAAGCGUCACGAUCGAAUUUAAUGGCCACCCUUUUUCACUGAAAUCUCUGGACCACGACGGAUCGAGCACGUGGGAGUGUGGAUAUCGGUCCUUGUGUGGCUGCAAAUAUAGCCUUAGGGUCGUAGAUGAAGGGAAACGGGCAUUACCAGCCCAAAAGUCCGCCCGCCAUACACACGAAGUUAAUCCAUUCCGUAUACUAAAAUGUCCGCUAGGCCGUGGCACAAUUCCAAAAGCCUCAGGAAAAACAGAGAAGUUUUGGUUGGCAGACACAAUCGAUGGUUAUCAUACUGGCCAACCAUUGGAUCGAUUUUUGUUCUUUCGAGGACAACGGUUCAACUUAAGUACGAUCGAUAGAGAAAAAGAUGUCACUUGUUGGCGGUGUAUUAUAAAAGCAUGCGAAGCUUGUAUCUAUGUGCGCGGUAUUUUCAAAGAUAUAAAUACUAUAAACAGACAUAACCAUGUAGUUAUGGCCAACAAAGAGUGGAAUAGAGCUUUGAGAAAAGCUCUCGGUUCUUGUGAAACAGAUAUUAUUAAUGCCUUCUCCCAACAAGAAGACGCUCAGGAAUGUGCUUCAAAUACUAAGUCUAAUAACUUGUCUGUUCCUGACAUAUAUAAAGUUCUCUACCACUUCGAUGUGAAUCGAAAAUUUGAUAUCAAAACAGUCAACGGCCAGCUCAAAAUACUCUUCGAAAAUUUUAGUUACAAGUACUAUCUGAAGAAUUCCGAUGGGACCUGCAUUUGGAAGUGUGUGUUUGAUAAAUUACACAAUUGCCAAGCCAUGGUUAAGGUUUCGGUUGAUGGGAUACGUGUAAGUCGAUUUUCGACUAACGAUCAUUCACAUUCUUCUGAACUAUCUAAAAUUUUAACCUGUGAACUGAAAAGUUAUUACGUCUGUAACACGCAAAAUAAUCUUACCGAGUUCAAGGUUUUCGCUCAUCAAUCAACAUAUUUUGAAAGCAGGUCCGUGCUGAUUAAAAGACAGUUUUAUAGUUUGUGUUUGAUUCCGAACUCAACUGAAAGCCGCUGGCUAUGCGUGAAACCCGGUACGCGUCGAAAGCAAUGUGGAGCUGCAAUUUCAAUCCGAGGUUUUUUCGAAUCUUGCCAAAUGAUUGGUGAACAUGACCACCCAGAUUUGACCGGUAAAGAAAUCGAAAGUGUCAUCAAACCACAAAAUUACGUGGAUUUCACAACUUUUCAACAGACUGAUCAAACUAAAAAUGUAAGUGAAGAAAAAAAUCAACAACAGUCGAAGCAACAGGAAAGCGCUGAAUCUUUGCAGCAGAGACUGUUUGCAUUCACCAGUGGACUGAAUUCAAUAUGGGACCCAACUGAAGGUCAACCCAUCUCGUUCCGUUACUGGAAAGAAGCCGACAGUACACAGAACAAAAAAUUUCCAAAAAUAAACUACCGUUCCUAUUGGUACCAGUUUUCGGAGACCACCAAAAACGGCACUAGUCGAUGGACUUGCGAUGGACUGUGGGACUGCUCAGCGUACGCCUUAGUGGAAGGGCUAUUCAAACGCAUCACAGUUGAAGGAACGCAUGUGCAUGCCACUUUACCAUUUGAACGGCCACCGGUAAACUGCAAACGACCGUUUUAACAAUCAGAAAAACUUGUAAAGGUUUUAAUAUUGGAAAAAUAUUCGUGUCAAUCGAAAAUCGUAGAUUACUUAAUAUUUUAAUCCACUAAAAAGACAGAACUAUUGGAUAAUAUAAGCUUUUGUUGCCUCAGUUUCCUGGAAGCUUCGAAUUUAUUCUGGUCAAAUAUUGUAAGAAAUGUGAGUUUUAAACAGUUUUUUUCUCAAACCGAAUUGAACAACCCAUUAACUGUAGAGAAAAUUAGGUUAGCUAGAAUAAUACAGCUAGAGAUUGUAGCAUAAGACUUUCUUUCAAAAUACUAACAUUUUUUGUAUAGUACCAGGUAAAUAUAUAUUUAAAAACAGUUGAUCAUGAAAUUACUUACUGAAAUCUCCCAAAUCCGUUGACAUGAGAUCAUCUGGCGCACCUAGUAUAGCACUCCGAUUGCCAACGCUGAGAUCAAUAUCAGCCAAACCCAGCUCGACCAACAGAUCGUUGCUUUCGUUACCCAUAACGUUGCUACCACUGCCGAUCCGGUUGGACAAAUCGAUGUCCUCGAAUCCGGCCAGCAACUGGUCGAUGGAUGUUCCUCCAUUGCUGGACGAACUGUUUACUUUGGAUGAUUCAACCAUAAAUGGACUCUCGACGGCUUCUUCGCCCUGGUGAACUUCCACUUCCUCCAGUUCCUCUUCCGCCUGAAACCUAAUCGCAGAUUUAUAUUGAAAGGCACUUGCCUUGAGAUCCACUUCGAUCGGGAACAGAUUCGGGAUUGAUUCCAAUCGUUCAACAGUUUCCUCUGCCAAAGUGGACAACCCCUGAAUGAACUUUCGCAACUGCGAGGCUAAAUCCCGGGCAUGCUUGCACUCCAACAGCUCCAUCUUUUCCAACACAUCGUUACGAAGCUUGGCAAACUUCACUCGAGCCUCUUGUCGGCAACGGAGAAUCAAUCGGUACUCAUAGUUUCCCGUUUCGACGCGAUACAAAGGUUCCUGGAUGGCCGCAUAGCUAUGCUCUUCGUCGUCCAUUUCUUUGAUUUUCAAACAGUACGAUAAAUAGGUAAACUUAGCAUCGGCGUAGCGUUUCACCGUCAGCUUCGUGUCCGGGAUAGCCUUAUGUAGAUAGGUUCCCAUAUCGGCAAGAAUCGGUUUGAGCGUUUUGAUCAUCUUAAUUCCGUCCUUUUCCAUGCUUCGGUGAAGUUCAGCGAAUAUACGGAACGCCUCCGAUGCCCUCGGUUGUGGUUCGCGUACACUGAUUGCAGCAAACACGUUACCGAAGGCCUGAUACGUCUGGAGCACGUCGAAGUGCGCCUUCAACAUCCUUUAAAAAAACGAAACAUAAAAUGAUCAAGCACUUAAAAUUUCGUAUUUCGUUCGAAACAAACCUCUUGGCAUGCUCCACCAGUCCACGGUACAUCGUUUCCGUGCGCUCCAGUUCUUGCAGUCUCUUCACCAGCGAAUCGUUGCACAGGAUGGCCCUCGAUAGCCCCAGGGUAUCGGCGGUGCUGCUAGACAUUCUCUCCACCAGACGGUGCUUCAUUUUCUUCAGCACAAUGUCCAACGUCUCGCCCUGGGUGGGAUCAGCAUGUAGCUUGUUGUAAUGGAUCGUUACCUCAUCGGUAGCAGCUUGGAUCAUUUUGGCCACCUCGACCUUGGUCUUGCCCUUGACCGAGACUCCAUUCACGCCCAACAGUUCAUCGCCACUUUGGAGCGUUCCUUCCCGAGCGGCCGGUGUUCCAUCGAAAACCUGUCAAGAUUCUCCAAAGGAUUAGGACUCAAAUUUUAAGAGGUACCCAUGUUGGAAAAUGGCGAAACUCUAAACGAACCUGCACAAUGUACAGACAGGGACAAAGGGGAGCACCGCCACCGAUGCUGAUCCCAAUGAGAUUGGUAGUGUCCUUUUU